AUGUCAUCUUCUUCUUCUUCAUCUUCAUACAUUAAAGUUUCAUCGUAUACCGAUGAGCCAGUUGCCGCAGUAGGCUCCUUUUUCAACGGACUUUCGAUCCCAUCAUCAACUGAAUUUGACAUUUACAAAAACAAGAAAACCAACAACUACAUACUCCAUGGAGAAACGGACCAUUUAGAAUAUAAUGGUGACUCAGUCACUAACCAAGACUUGAAUGAUUAUGUGGUGGCCAUGUAUGAUCCCAACACCAAAUCGGUUGAGUUAUUCAAAGCGCCUUAUUUCCAAACUAAAGUAACGUCCAAACAGUACAAGGUCUACAAAGGACCAUCAGUUAGAUCUACUGGAGUUAAGAAUGUGACUCAAAGAAAUGCAUUGGGUGAAGCGUUUGGUACCAAGAAAGCCAAGCAAGCAAUUACUAAUUUGGAAAAGAAUAGAAUUGAUGCUGACAAAUUGCAAGAUAUGGAAAUGGACAUUAUUGAUAGUGUUCAGGAAUCAAUCACUGCUAGUAACAAUAGUGGCAGUAACAUGGGAUCCACAAGCAAGAAUAGCACUGGCCCACAAGCUGAUGAUUUCUCCAAUAGUCCCAUCCCUAAACCAAAUGUCGAUGCCACAAAUGUCGAAUACAUUUAUCCAAUCAAAUCAAUCAUCCCAGCAAAAGAUUGGAAUUAUAUUCGUGUUCAAUCAAUAUUAACCGAUUCCGACCCAAUCUCCCACUUCCCAUCAUCGCCUGAAUUCAUCAAGCAACAAUUACCCACAAUCAUUGACCAGGGCAAUUUGGAAAAACUACAAAUCUUGUACUAUACAUCGUUAUUAUUUGCCAUUUAUGAAAAUCGUCGCGUUAGUUCCAAGGAUCAAUUAAUGACCAAGUUAAACAAUACUCCAUCGGAAGCUCUAAUCGAUACCAUUUUACAAAACUUUACUAUUGCACGUACUUCCAAAUUUGGUAAAUCUAAAGAUCGUUCAUUUACCAUUGAUCCUCAUAAUGAAGAUAAAUUACUUUGUUAUUUAAUCAUUUUGAUUUUACAUUUAUCAAAUUUCUCGGUGGCUUUGAAUCCAUUGGCGAGGGAUUUGAAAUUGAAGCCCACUAAAUUGGUGGCAUUGUUUAGAGCUGUGGGCGCCAUUAUUAAAUCGGCCACGGUGGGUGAAGCUGAAGCGUUGGGUAUACCAAAGAGUAGUGUGGGUACGUACAAGAUUGCUCAUUUGAAAGUUCCUUUCAAAAUGCCGGAAUUGACAAGAAGAAGAGGCGGUGGAGGAGCCAGGAGGUGA